UUGUGCCACAACUUAAAGAAAAUGUCAUCUCUAUUACCCCCACUUUAUCUUUUCUUCAUCGUCAUACAAAUCCCAGAGAAAUAGUUUAAACCGCAGAUCACCAUCUGUAAUUGUUGUUGAAGCAAUGGCUUUAUCACUUGCGGGAAAAUUCUACCUUUGCUUGGUACUAAUGUUGGCUUCAUGGGCUUUGCUUGCAGCUUUUCGUACAUUACAUGAAGCUUCCAUUGAGCAGAAGCAUGAGCAAUGGAUAACUAAGCAUGGACGCAUCUAUGCAGACAGUGAAGAGAAGGGCAAGCGUCUUGAGAUUUUUGCAAACAAUGUGCGAUUCAUCGAAGACUUCAAUCGCGCAGGGAAUCGCACUUUCAAGCUUGGCUUGAACGCGUUCUCGGACAAAACCGUCGACGAAUUCCUUCAGUUUAGUACUGGACUGUUGUUGCCAUCGACUCCCCGCCCAAGAACAACGUCGUUCAUGCAUGCAAACAUUACCCACAUCCCCCGUUGCAUAGAUUGGGUGGCCAAAGGAGCCGUAAAUGCUAUAAAAAAUCAAGGUCAAUGUGGCUCUUGCUGGGCCUUCUCGGCGGUAGCGGCAAUAGAAUCAAUUACCCAGAUCAAGACUGGUAAGUUACUGGAACUGUCGGAGCAACAAUUGGUAGACUGUAUCAAAAACUCGGGCUGCAGUCGUGGUUGGAUGGACACCGCCUUUGACUACACGAUACAAAAUGGAGGCAUCACCUCUGAAACUAAAUAUCCCUACAUUGCAACGAACGGAACAUGCCAUGUUCCCACGGCGUCCUUGAGCGUGGCCAAAAUUGUGGGUUAUGAGGAUGUCCCUGCCAACAAUGAGGGAGAGAUCUUGAAGGCCGUGGCGAUGCAACCGGUCUCGGUCAGCAUCGAUGGCAGCCGGCGGGAAUUCCACUUGUACUCGAGUGGCGUUUUCAACUGGAACUGUGGGACAGAGGUGACCCAUGCUGUUGCGAUUGUAGGCUAUGGAACAGCUAGGGAUUGCACCAACUAUUGGAAGAUCAGGAACUCCUGGGGGGAGACGUGGGGCGAAGCUGGCUACAUGAGGAUUCAAAGAGAUUAUGCUCAACCAGAAGGAUUAUGUGGAAUUGCCAUGCAUGCUUCUUAUCCUGUUGUCCAAUGAACUUCGAUUAGAAAUUAACAGUACUGAAUUGAUGCGUUAAUGUCGCGCAAAUGCAAUGCCUCUUUGAUACUCCAUAGAUUGGGAUAUAUGACGAAGUAAUC